GGCUAAGGUAGGCGGUUUCUUCCGGUGUCAUGGCGUCUAUUGAGUUUCCGGAGCAAAACCGGGGGAGCUAGAUGUUUGCUAAACUGCGUUUCGUGGCUUCAGUUUGCUGUGGACUGCUUAGAAAGAACCUGGGAGACCUUCGAGCUGUGCAAUGGUGACGUUAUGUAAUGGCAGCAGUGAAAUGGGGUGGAAGCAGGUUGAGACAGUUAGAAGUGGUGAGAUGGACCUGUGCUGUCUAGAGCCUGCUUGCUUGGCUUCAGACCCUGAGGUCCUCUAAGGCUAACAGCGAGUCCUCUGUCCCUUUUACCUCUCGCUGGAGCCAGGACAGUUCUGGAUCCCUAGAACGCCGUCGCCACUGUGACACCACCAGGCCACAGUGCCAUUUUUCAAAUCGCUUGCUGUCCUUGCUCCUCCAACGGUCUGGGCACAGAAAUGGGCGUGGGGAGACCCUGACUCUGAUGUGGUUUCCAGCUGAGUGCAGCUGUGGAGGCGGUGACCUUUGAGGAUGUGGUUGUGAACUUCAGCAAUGAGGAGUGGACUUUGCUGAGUCCAUCCCAAAAGAACCUCUACAGAGAUGUGAUGGGGGAAACCUUUAGGAACAUGGCUGCAAUAGGAGGACUUGGGGAUAACCAGGAAGCUGAAAAAGAAUGCAAAAUUUACUGGAGAUACUUAAGAAAUGACAAGCUAGGAAAUUUCUAUGGAUAUACAUCUUGGAAUCCGUGUAAAGAAGUAUUGCUUUUUACUGCAGAAGGUAAUGCGUGUGAGAAAGAAACAGAAACACAACACGAUGUUCAGAUCCAUGAAAAAUAUUGCAAUGGAGGGACACAUGAUUCAUUUAACCAAUGUGGGAAAGGUUUUAUCACACAUGGAAUUUGUAAGAAACAUGAAAGAAUUCACAGAAAAGAGAGACCCUAUGUAUGUAAGCAAUGUGGGAAAGCUUUUACAACACGUACAUAUUGUCCAGUAAAUGAAAGUCUUCACUCUGGAGAAAAACAUUAUAUAUGUAAGCACUAUGAGAAAGCAUUCAGUACAGGUACUUAUUGUGUAAUCCAUGAAAAAGUUUACACUGGGCAGAAAUCGUAUACAUGUAAGAAAUGUGGAAAAGCUUUUAGCAGUAACAUUCAUUGUCAAAUACAUGAAAAUUUUCACACUGGAGAGAAGCCCUAUGUAUGUAAGGCCUGUGGGAAAUCUUUUGCCACACGUGGAGAGUGUAAAAAACAUGUAAGAAUUCACACUGGAGAGAAACCCUAUGUAUGUAAGCACUGUGGAAAAGGUUUCACCCAACGUGUAAAUUGUAAGAAUCAUGAAAGAAUUCACACUGGAGAGAAGCCCUAUGUAUGUAAGCAAUGUGGGAAAGCUUUUACCACACGUGGAGGUUGUAGGGAACAUGAAAGAAUUCACACUGGAGAGAAACCCUAUGUAUGUAAGGACUGUGGGAAAUCUUUUACCACACGUGCAGAGUGUAAAAAACAUGAAAGAAUUCACACUGGAGAGAAACCCUAUGUAUGUAAGCACUGUGGAAAAGGUUUCACCAAACCUGGAAAUUGUAAAAACAAUGAAAGAAUUCACAAUAGAGAAAAACCUUAUGUAUGUAAGCAAUGUGGAAAAGGUUUCACCCAACCUGGACAUUGUAAGCGACAUGAAAGAAUUCACACUGGAGAGAAACCCUAUAUAUGUAAGGACUGUGGGAAAUCUUUUACCACACAUGGAGGUUGUAAGCGACAUGAAAGAAUUCACACUGGAUUGAAACCCUAUGUAUGUAAGCACUGUGGAAAAGGUUUCACCCAACCUGUAAAUUGUAAGAAUCAUGAAAGAAUUCACAAUGGAGAAAAACCAUAUGUAUGUAAGGAAUGUGGGAAAGCUUUUAGCCAACAUGCUCAUUGCAAGCAACAUGAAAGAAUUCACACUGGAGAGAAACGCUAUGUAUGUAAGCAAUGUGGGAAAGCUUUUACCAGACAUGGACGUUGUAAGGAACAUGAAAGAAUUCACACUGGAGAGAAACCCUAUAUAUGUAAGCAAUGUGGGAAAGCUUUUAGCCAAUAUGCUCAUUGCAAGCAACAUGAAAGAAUUCACACUGGAGAGAAACCCUAUGUAUGCAAGCAAUGUGGGAAAGCUUUUACCACACAUGGAGCUUGUAAGCGACAUGAAAGAAUUCACACUGGAGAGAAACCCUAUGUAUGUAUGCAAUGUGGGAAAGUUUUUACCCAACAUGGACAUUGUAAGAAACAUGAAAGUUCACACUCAAGAUAAAACCAGUGUAUGUAAGCAUCAUGAAAAUGGUUUGAGCAUACGUACAUAUUGCAUAAUGCAUAAAAAACUUUACACUGAUCAGAAAACUUAUAUAUGUAAGGAACGUGGGAAAGGUUUCAGCAGAAAUGCUCAUUAUCCAAUACAUGAAAUAAUUCACACUGUUAAGAAACCCUAAUGUAUGUGAAGAAUGUGGGAAAGCUUUCACCACACAUGGAUAUUGUAAAAUACAUCAAUGACUUCACACUGGUGAGAAACCCUAUGUAUAUAACAAUGUGGCAAACCUUUUACUGCAUACAGUCAUUGCAAAACACAUGAAAGAACUCACACUGGGAAGAACCACUGGCUAUGUAAGCAAGUGUAGAAACUUUCAGCAGCCAGACUGAAAGUGAAGUACAUGAAGAAACUCACACUUGCGAUAAAUCCUAUGUGUUAUGGGAAUACUCUCAGCACACAUGAUGAUUGUUACAUAUCUGAAAGAGCUCACUGGGCUUACUGUGGUUUUGCAAUGUGAGAAAUAUGGCAGUUCAUAUUUGUUGUUAAAAACACAGAAAAAGCCUCACUGGUCAGACUGUUUAGCCCUAAGUCUACUUUAAAAUUCCAAGGAGACCUGAAGAAAUAAUCAGUACAGAAAUUUGAUGUCAAUAUUUCUUCACAGAUUUUCCAGAAACGACAAAUCUGAGGUGGAACUCUCCUCAAGUGCACAUGUUAUAUGGUUUUCAGUUAAUCACUUGUACCUCUAGAUUGUUUUAAAUUGUCUUUGUGCUUCAACAUGGCAUCUUGUAAUUAAACAUGGUAAAUUGAAAUGUGCUUCUCACUUUCAAGUAUGGAUAGCAUCUAUGUACUGAAUGUUUUGUCAUUAAAACUUUAUUUUUAUA